AUGGAUGGGGUUAUCUUUUCUUUUUUCCUAAUAUUUAUCCAAGAGGCGCACACUCUGCGUUAUGGCACCGCCAAAGACCUGCAACCAUAUAUGCCCAACGUGUGCGUGGAGAGGGAGGUGACACUGGUCGCCCAGAGGCAGCCGUGUGUGCAGGCCUUCACACGCAUGGUUAAAGUGUGGAAGCAAGGCUGUUUGGGGCAGUCCUGGUGCAUGGGGUACGAGAGGAGGACGGCAUACUACACGGCAUACAGACAAGUGUACAGACAGGAUUAUGACACUGUGUACAAGUGUUGCCCUGGAUGGUCUCAGCUUAAUGGAGAUGCGGGUUGUCUUUACCCUGUGUGCAGCUACGGUGUGUGCUUCAACGGGGGCCAUUGUCGGGUUGGUUCCACCCAGCUCUGUGACUGUCCUGCAGGCUUCAAUGGACCCAGCUGCCAGUAUGAUGUGAACGAGUGUGAGGAGACCAAUGGAGGCUGUGAGGCUCUGUGCUGUAACACCAUAGGAAGCUUCUACUGCCGGUGUCCUUCUGGACAAAUACUGAGCGAAGAUGGUAAAACAUGUAAAGAUAUCGAUGAAUGCCAGGUCCACAAUGGAGGCUGCCAGCACAGAUGUGUUAACACCAGGGGCUCCUACUACUGCGAAUGUCACCCGGGCUCCCGUCUGCAUGUGGACGGCCGCACCUGCCUCGCUGUCCAUUCAUGUGCCAUCAGCAACGGAGGAUGUGAACAGUACUGUGUGCAGCAGUCCGCCGCUCACUUCCGCUGCCGAUGCAAACCAAACUACAUCCUGGCAGAGGACGGCAAGCACUGCAAACUGCAGAACCCGUGUGCCGAUCAGAACGGAGGCUGCGCACACGUUUGUCAGGUGGACGGUGGCAAAGCUCACUGUGACUGUAAGCCCGGUUACAUCCUGGCUGAAGACAGGAAAACCUGUGAAGACAUUGACGAGUGUGAGACUGAAGAAGCCAACUGUGCUCACGGCUGCCACAACACGCUGGGCUCCUACGCGUGUGUGUGUCACGCUUCCUAUGAGCUCGGGUCUGAUGGGAAACAGUGCUACAGAAUUGAGAUGGAGAUCGUGAACAGCUGUGAGAACAACAACGGCGGCUGCUCGCACCACUGCCAGCAUUCAACCAGCGGGCCAGCCUGCUCCUGUAACCAAGGUUACAGACUGGAUGACGACCUUAAAACCUGCCUCGACGUGGACGAGUGUGGAGAGCAGAGCUCCUGCUGCGAGCAGGACUGCACCAACUACCCUGGAGGUUACGAGUGCUACUGCUCCGCAGGAUACAGGCUCAACUCAGAUGGGUGUAGCUGUGAUGACGUAGAUGAGUGUCUGGCUGGCAAUGCCGGCUGCGAUCACACGUGCCAGAACAGCGCGGGUUCUUUCCAGUGCUUCUGCCGCCGGGGUUUCCGUCUGGACGACGACCGGCAGUCCUGCAUCCCGCUCGAAGAUGCAGUUGAGGCCCUGUCCAGCGGGGGUCCCAUCGAGCUGCCACUCAUCCGGCCCCAGCUCACCUUGCUGCAGGACUACAACCAGCCGCUGGAGCGCUAUGACGACUACGAAGACGACGAGGGGGAGCUGAGGGCCGAGAGUAACCUGGCAGAGAAGUUUGUGUGUUUGGACGACACCUUCGGGAACGACUGCAGCUUGACGUGUGACGACUGCUCUAACGGAGGGAAAUGCAACGUGUGGAAAAAUGGCUGCGACUGUCCUGAUGGAUGGACGGACAUCCUCUGCAACCAGACGUGCUCCGAGGGACAUUUUGGUAAAAACUGCUCCUUCCACUGUAAGUGUAAAAACGGUGCUAGCUGUGAUCCGGUCACUGGGAGCUGCCGCUGUCCACCAGGAGUCAGUGGAGACUUGUGUCAGGAUGGUUGUCCAAAGGGUUUCUACGGAAAACAGUGCAACAAGAAGUGUAACUGUGCGAAUAAUGGACGCUGCCAUCGAACCUACGGAGCCUGUCUGUGUGAUCCUGGACUCUACGGACGCUUCUGCCACCUCCCUUGUCCUAAGUGGACGUUCGGAGCGGGCUGCUCUGAGGAGUGUCUGUGUGUCCAGCAGAACACUCUGGAGUGUCACCGUCGCCAUGGCACCUGCGUCUGUAAGUCUGGUUACCGGGGAAACACCUGCAAGGAAGAGUGCGAACCCGGAACGUUUGGAUCCGGCUGCGAGAGGAAGUGCUCCUGUCCUCCUGGAGUGUCGUGUGAUCAUGUGACUGGAAUGUGCCUUCGAAAGUGUCCUCCUGGUCGUCAGGGGGAGAGCUGUGAUCAAGACUGUCCAGAGGGAUGGUUCGGAGCGGGCUGCGUUCAGCCCUGCAACUGCACCAGCGCCCCCUGUGACAAAGUGACAGGACAGUGCAAGUGUCCGGCAGGGACGACGGGAAAACACUGCGAGAACUUGUGUCAGGAGGGACUUUGGGGACCAGGCUGCAGAGAGACCUGCCCGGCUUGUGAGAACGGCGGCUCGUGUGAUAAACACAACGGAUCGUGUAACUGUCCGGCUGGAUUCAUGGGAAAACUCUGCCAGGACUCGUGCCCAGGUGGACACUUCGGUCACGGCUGCCAGAUGAGGUGUGUGUGUGAGAACAGCGCUCACUGCGACCCGGUGACUGGACGCUGCACCUGCGCUCUCGGCUGGACCGGACACAACUGCAGGAAAGUGUGUGAUGUGGGACACUGGGGAGCCGACUGUGCAGGAACAUGCGACUGCAGGAACGGAGACGGCAGCUGUGACGCGGUGACGGGCCAGUGCAACUGUGAGGCUGGUUACACUGGGACCCAGUGUCAUCACAAGUGUCCAGCAGGUAUGUUUGGUCUCGGUUGUCGUCACCGGUGUCAGUGUGACAACAAGGCGUUGUGCGACCAUGUGAGCGGAGCCUGUACCUGCCUGGUGGGAUGGACGGGAAGCUUCUGCGAAAAACCGUGUCCUCAGGGUUUCUACGGCCUGGACUGUCAGGAGAAGUGUUUGUGUCUGAACGGCGGCAGCUGCGAUCACGUCAGCGGAGUUUGUUCGUGUCCUGCCGGCUGGAUCGGUCCCUUCUGCAACCUGACUUGCCCGCCCGGCUUCUAUGGGGAAGCGUGUAACCAAACCUGUCGCUGCGGCAACGGCGGCGGCUGCCACCCGGCCAGUGGGCAGUGUGUGUGCACGGCGGGCUGGACCGGACCCAGAUGCACAGAAGAAUGCCCUGCAGGAUUCCACGGAGCCGACUGCCGGCAGCGCUGCUUGUGUCAGAACGGAGCCUCGUGCAAUAAGACCAGUGGAAAGUGCACAUGUGCCAGUGGGUGGACUGGUGCAGCCUGUGAACUGGAGUGUGUAGCAGGUCGGUUCGGGGCCGACUGCCAGCAGCAGUGUGAAUGUGAGAACGGCGGCCAGUGUGACCGGCAGACGGGACGGUGCAGCUGCCACGCCGGCUGGAUCGGAGAGCUCUGUGAGAAAGCAUGUGAAGCAGGCCUGUUCGGUGCUGGCUGCCAGGAGAGCUGCCGGUGUGUGCACGGGGUUUCAUGUCACCACGUCACCGGAGAGUGUCAGUGUCCACCGGGCUGGAGAGGAAAACUCUGUGACAAAGCGUGUUUGCCAGGUACGUUCGGGCCGAGCUGUGAGCAGCAGUGCAGUUGUGCCCAGGGAACAUCCUGCCACCACAUCUCUGGAGAGUGUGGCUGUCCUCCCGGAUUCACCGGCAACGGCUGUGAGCUCACUUGUCUUCCAGGAACCUUUGGUCAGAACUGUAACCACGUCUGUCAGUGCUCACAGACAAACCAGCUCUGCCACCCAGUGUCCGGAUCCUGUUACUGCGCCCCAGGUUUCCAAGGUCCAAAAUGCGAGCAAGCCUGUGGAGAAGGUCGUUACGGUUCGAACUGCGAGAGGCAGUGCAGGUGUGUGAAUGGAGGGAAGUGCGUUCCUUCCACUGGAGCCUGUGAAUGUCCAGCAGGGUUCAUAGGAGCACGCUGCAACAUCACGUGUCCAGCGGGGCGUUAUGGCGUCGACUGUGCUCGGGUGGCCACGUGUGGAGAGGGGGCCAAGAAUGACCCGGUCACCGGUCGGUGUGUGUGCAUCCCUGGACGGAGAGGAGAGGACUGUGGGCACAGCUGCCCUCCAGACUGGUUCGGGGCGGACUGUGCCCAACGUUGUAACUGCAGUAAUGGAGGAGUGUGUGACUCAGUAACUGGAAACUGCACCUGUGGUCUGGGCUGGACCGGCGCACACUGCGACAGAGAAUGUCCCGUGGGCAGAUUUGGUGCCAACUGCCAGCUGAAAUGCAAGUGUCAAAAUAAUGGCACAUGUGACAGAGUGACGGGGACGUGUCAGUGUGGUCCAGGCUUCUAUGGACAUCUGUGUGAACAUGCCUGUCCUCCUGGUCUCCACGGCCCGCUGUGCCGGCUGCAGUGCGACUGUAUGAACGCAGCCUCCUGUCACCCUGCGUCGGGCCACUGUGUCUGUCCUCCAGGAUAUUACGGAGCCCGCUGCCACAGAGUGUGUGAACAGGGAACUUUCGGUCUGGGAUGUGCUAAAGUGUGCGACUGUGAGGACGACUCUCCGUGUGACACUGUGACGGGAAGAUGUCUCUGCUCCUCAGGGAAGACGGGACUCAGAUGUGACAGCGACUGCAGAGUGAAUCACUACGGCCCGGACUGCGCUGAGACCUGCGAGUGUCAGAACGGAGCCGGAUGCGACCGACGCAACGGCCGCUGCAGCUGCGUGCACAGCUGGAUCGGCCUCUCCUGUCAGGAAGGUGGACCUCCACGUGUCACCUAUGGGAGCAGCAGCAGAGGAGACUCACAACACAACAACUCAUUAUAG